GAAGCGCUUUAGUUUGUUCAUCGCGCCGAGCUCUGUUUUCACUUUUCACUCGGCGUCGUUUGUAGAAUAGAAAUUGGAGUGGCCGCCUUCCGUAAUCAUGGCCGUUACACCAAAUCCCUGUGAAUCUACGAAACCACAGGUAGUUGAAAGGGUUGAAGUGCACAAAAAUUUGACUGCAAAGACACCCUUGCAGAUGAGAUCUGAUGGUGUUACAAAAAGAAAACGGAUUGGUGGUGGGAGUGCAACUGCAGAUCAGACAGAAAGCCUAUCUGAUAUUGAUGAUAGUGAAGUUGCUGGAUACCUUAACAGCAAAGAGGAGAGGAAUUACAAGAAGAUUAUAUGGGAAAAAAUAAAUCAGCAGUAUGCCAUGGCGCAGGCCAUGGUAAAGAAAGAAACUGAAAGCAAGAAAGAUAAAUCUGGCAAAGGUACUGCCAUGACCACCAAAAUAGAUGAGAACAAGAUACGAAGUUCAAAAGUAAAUUAUGAAGCUCUGAAGCAACUCACUGACGAACUGAACCAAGGUAUUGGAGAUGCAGAAAUAGUAGAAGGGGGUUCGAGAUCUCUGUCUUGUGUAAACAGUGGAGGAUCAAAUGCCAAAGAGGUUAAAGUUUAUGAGUCUAAUUCCGAUGAGCUAGAGGAAGAGGAGGAGAACCUCUGCAGUGAAGAUGACGAUGUGUUGAGAGACAGUAACUACGAGUUAUACGAUGAACAUGAGUAUGGAUAUGAUGAUGACAUUGAUUAUGGAAAUGUUUGAUUGAUAUUCAUUUAUUCUUGGAGUUACUUUAUAAUCAAAAUUUUGAAGUUUUUAGGAACAA